GCUCGUCCGAAUCAUGUCGUGAGUGACCAGCAAACGAAAUGGCAACGAGUGCGGUUUGUCGUGUGUGUGGUAUGAUGCUAUAUAAAUAAUACUUGGCGCGAACCCUGAUCAGUCGAGUUGCGGCGGCCGUACCUGUCGCAACACAAUAAUGCAUCGUACCAUAACAAACUGAAACCGGUUGUCCUUUUUCGCAUCUUUCGCUGCUUCGCGUUCUCAUUUACCUUAACCUUGUUCCGUGCUUGCGCCGCGCAACUCUUUUAUAUCUUUUCUUUUUGACGCACCGCUUCCAGGUGAAUUCUUUAUUCCUUUUUGUCUAUUUCCUACUUUGUUCCUUAGUGUGUAUAGAAGUGACCUGUCAGGAUGUCACACGAUAAUUUAGGAUUUACUUCAAGUACGGAUGCCUUAGACGCCAAAAGAUGGUCCUCCAAGAGCAAGCAAAAUGGUUACGAUCCAGCCAACAACAAGUCCAACAUCUACGUGCUGGAACUAGAGGACAAGAAGAAGAGCGUUCAGGAGUACGAAGAAGACUACAAUCCUUAUGAUCACAGGGUGGUCGCCCAUCCAACCACGAGUCUGGAGACAUUGCUACAUCUGCUGAAAGGCAGCUUGGGAACCGGAAUCCUCGCGAUGCCAAGAGCUUUUCAUCAUUCUGGAUACGGUAUUGGCAUAGUGGCGACCAUAAUUAUAGGUCUGUUCUGUACUUAUUGCAUACGGAUACUUGUCAGCUCGGAAUAUGAGCUCUGCAAGAGGAAGAGGGUGCCUUCGUUAAGUUACCCUGCGACAGCGGAAGCAGCACUGUCAGUGGGACCAGUUCCACUCAGACGAUUCGCAAGAGCGUCAGUCCACACGAUAAACCUAUUCCUCAUGGUAUAUCAGAUGGGAACUUGCUGUGUCUAUACCAUAUUCGUCGCUGAGAAUUUACAGAAGGCUUUGGAAACGUAUGUUUCAAAAAUCGAUAUCAAAUUGUAUAUGCUGGCAAUCUUGCUACCUCUGAUCUUGGUCAAUUGGAUCAAGAACCUAAAAUUCUUGGCGCCAUGCUCAACAGUUGCUAACUGUAUUACGUUCGCUAGUUUCGGUAUAAUAUUAUAUUACAUCUUUAGGGAACCUUUGUCAUUUGAGAACCGCGAAGUGGUCGGAAAUGUUGAGAACUUCCCUCUUUAUUUUGGCACUGUGCUAUUCGCUCUCGAGGCCAUUGGCGUGAUUAUGCCAUUAGAGAACGAAAUGAAGAAACCAAGGACGUUCAUGAGGACCUUUGGUGUCUUGAACAUAGGAAUGGGCGUGAUUGUUGUCCUCUACACAGCGAUGGGUUUCUUCGGCUACAUUCGUUAUGGCAGCAGCCUCGAGGGUAGCAUCACCUUCAGCUUGGGCGAACCAUUGGUUCUGGCCCAGAGUGUUCAGAUUUUGCUAGCCAUAGCCAUUUUCUUCACUCAUCCUAUCCAGUGCUACGUGGUAAUUGAUAUUGCCUGGAACGAGUAUAUCGCUCCAAAUCUGGAGAAGAAUUCCCAUAAGUUGUUAUGGGAAUACGUAGUGAGGACUUGCCUUGUCCUUCUCACAUUCUUGUUAGCUGUGGCAAUUCCCAAAUUAGAUCUCUUCAUAUCUUUGUUUGGUGCUCUGUGUCUUUCCGGCUUGGGGCUGGCAUUCCCGGCAAUCAUCCAAAUCUGCACGUUCUGGAACGUGUGUGAUUCUACAGAGAAGUCCUUAAUGUUAGCGAAGAAUAUGUCUCUGAUUCUCUUCGCAUUCCUUGGUCUUGUAGUAGGAACCUACACGAGUCUUCGUGACAUCAUUGCAUCCCUUUGAACUAUGUAUCCUGGAGGUGUUUUGCCCCAGAAGGUUGAUGAAGAGACUAUCGAAACGAUAAGAAAGAAGAAGGAAAAGAAGAAAGGAGGAGAAGAAAUAAAUUGAAGAAUUGUCCUCGAGAAGAGAAAAGUGUAACAGUGUGAUACGUUAGCUGUUCAAUGAAACAGACGAUCUAGUUGAGCUGCGUUUGAUAUCAUUCAUAUGAAUAUCUUCCAUAUUAUCGACAGAUGUAUGUUCUUUUUUUUUUCAAUAUGCGUUGAUCGCGUGAAACAAAUGUUUGAAGCAAAAGAACGAAAAUAGGACGAACAGCGUUCGAGAUGCGUUUUAUCAUACGAUAGAUUCGAAUGUUUUCGCCUAACGAUGAACUGUUUUUAUUGUUGCUACCAUGUUUUCGAAACAGUGUGGUGGAUGAAAUUUCAUUCAUGCAUGCAAGAAAUAUUUCGAUUCGAUCCGUUACAGGAUAAUUCGCGAUUAAAUCGUUUAUUUAUGAAGGCAGACUGAUCUGUAGUUCGACCAUUAACCUCUUAACGUACAUAAAUUCUUCUUUGACCGACAGUCGGUAACUGCAGAAAAUAACUAAUUGUUGGCAAUUACGAAGGCUUUCAGCAUAGAUCUGCUGUAUGUAUUAAUUAUUUUAAAAGUUCAAAGAGUUUAUUUAAACAUAGCAUUGGUAGAAAUUGUGACCUGUGCAAUUAGAUAUAAUAUUCCCGUAAGUCGGCCAUGUUUCUGUGUGAGACACGAGCUUGUACGUUAAGCGGUUAGCGAUUAUUUAGUGAUUAACAUGAUUGUGAUCGAGUCGAUGUGUUCUAACCAUUACAAUUCUCGUCUAAGCUUAAAAUUGAUGACUGAAAAAUGAAAUGUGUUCUCGAUGAUGGGGAAUCUCUGCUUGCAACACCAUUUCAUUUUUUAUUCAAGACUCUUGUUUGUCCAAUGCGACUUACAAAAAUGUGUUUUAUGGAAAUAUCAUUCCGACAUGGUCUUUUUGUUCUGGACAAAAGGAGUCAUGAAUCGAAAUUGUUUCUAAGACAAUUGGAAUCGAUUAAUUAAAGGAACAAGGAAUGAUAUUUCAAUAUCAUUUUGAAAUUUUGAUACAGACGAUGUACGUAAAGAAUAAGAAUAUGGUGGAUUAGAUCGCGGAAUUUGAUACAACAUAGAAAAAUAAAUAAAUAAAAUAAGAAAAAACGAAAGAUAGGAAAUAAUGAUCGCGAAGAAACAAAAUCCCUCGGUUUUUAAGUACAAUUACUAAAUUAUUUAUUUGCGUAAGUUGAAUCGAAAAUACACACGUUCUUUUUUAUAUUAAUAACGCAAGGCGUACUCGAUAUUCCUUGCUCGAUAAAUUAAUAAAUUAAUGUCGUAGAUUGUUUAGUAUGAAUUGUAAAAAGAAAAAAAAUUAUUUCGUUUUACUUCUUUAUUUUACCGCAAAGGAUAUUAUCAGUUGUAGCCAUGAAUAAAUUUUGUUGUGACUAGUUGCGGAAUGAUUGCUCAUUCUGUAAGAAGAGAAUCAGGAUUCCCGAACCACAAUAUUUCCAACGUAAAAUCCCCGUAAUGUACUGUACCAAAAUCCUAUCUUAAAGUGAACGGCUACAAUAUGGAUGAAGCUCACAUGAUAUAACUUUCAAUCAAACAUUUGACAUUUCAUGGACGUCAAUACAAUAGAAAAAUGUACACAGAAAUUGAAAGAAUUCAAGAUCUUAGAUCAAGUGGUACCAUUAUAUUACCGAUUUCUUGUUCAACCAGGA